AUGGAGGACAACAGGCGCAAAAUGUUGUCAAUUGUUGUGGUAUUUGCUUUUCUUGCUCUGUCUUCCAUGCCUAGAUUCUCUCAGGCAAUCCUUGACGAAUCAUUUACUUCGGCUCUUGAUGAUAAAAGUACGACGGAGGAUGAAAGUAACUUAGAAGAUUACAUUGUCCAUGUGAUAAAACCAGAAGGUGUGAGCAUGGAAGGUUUGGAUAGCUUGUACAAAUCACUUCUACCAGUUUCCAAUUUAAGCUCAAGCGAGAGGCAACGCCUGAUUUAUUCCUACCGCAAUCUGUUUUCUGGGUUUGCUGCGAAACUAACGAAGGAUGAAGCAAAAGCCAUGGAAGAGAAAGAAGAAGUUAUCUCCGUCAGGCUUCCAAAAAAAUUUUCAUUGCACACAACUCAUAGCCCUGAGUUCUUGGGGCUGCGACAGAACUUAGGAAUAUGGAAGCAGUCAAAUUAUGGAAAGGGAGUGAUUGUAGGAGUUCUGGAUACCGGAAUAACUCCGGGUCACCCUUCGUUUGGUGACGCAGGAAUGCCUUCCCCUCCUAAGAAAUGGAAAGGGGUAUGUGAAUUGGAUGGAAUUGUUUGCAACAAUAAGCUGAUUGGUGUCAGGGAUUUCACAAAUAGUUCCGCAUUGGAUGAUGAUGGGCAUGGCACCCACACAGCCAGCACAGCUGCUGGAGUCUUCGUCGGAGGUGCAGAUGUGUUGGGGAAUGCUUAUGGCAUCGCAGCUGGGAUGGCGCCUUCAGCUCAUUUGGCCAUUUAUAAAGUUUGUACUAAGGAUGGUUGUGGCGAACUCGAAAUACUAGAAGCAAUGGACAUUGCCAUUGAAGAUGGUGUUGACGUGCUUUCGCUUUCAAUUGGUGGUCCUUCAUCUUCUUUCGAUGAAGAUGCAAUUGCAGUGGGUGCUUUUUGGGCUACGCAAAAAGGGAUUUUUGUUAGCUGCUCUGCAGGAAAUUCGGGUCCUAAUAUUAGUUCUGUAGAAAAUGAUGCCCCGUGGAUACUAACGGUAGGAGCAAGUAACAUAGAUAGAAGUAUAAGAGCAGUCGUACAGCUUGGAAAUAAGGAUCUCUGGGAUGGAGAAUCUCUCUUCCAGCCAAAAAAUUUUCCGUCGACGCUGCUGCCUCUUGUUUACGCAGGUGCCAAUGCUAAUGCAUUAUCAGCAUUGUGUGCCCCAGGAUCGUUGAGGAAUGUUGAUGUCAAAGGCAAGGUAGUGUUGUGUGACAGAGGUGGGAAUAUAUCAAGAGUUGACAAAGGCAAAGAAGUAAAGGAUGCUGGUGGUGCUGCGAUGAUUCUCAUGAACACCCAGGUUGAUGGUUAUUCUACUCUAGCAGAUUUUCAUAUACUUCCUGCAUCACAUGUCAGUUUUGAUGCAGGCAACCGCAUCAAAAAGUACAUAGCCUCCACACCAUCCCCAGUGGCUACAAUCUUGUUCAAAGGGACUGCUCUUGGGCUGCCACCCAACGCUCCAAUAGUUGCUUCCUUUUCCUCGCGAGGUCCAAGCUUGGCAAGUCCUGGAAUCUUGAAACCAGACAUUAUAGGUCCUGGUGUGAGCAUUCUGGCCGCUUGGCCAGUUCCUGUCGAUAACAUCACAAACUCAAAAGCAUCAUUUAACAUGAUUUCUGGGACCUCAAUGUCCUGUCCCCAUUUAAGUGGCAUUGCUGCUUUGCUCAAAAGCUCCCAUCCCGACUGGUCUCCAGCCGCCAUCAAGUCUGCUAUUAUGACUACUGCUGAUAUAGUAAAUCUUGAUGGCAAGCGUAUUGUGGAUCAUCAGAACAUCAAUGCAGAUUUCUUCACUAUUGGCUCAGGCCAUGUGAAUGCAUCAGGAGCGACUAAUCCAGGUCUUGUUUAUGACAUACAUCCUGAUGAUUACAUUCCUUACUUGUGUGGUUUGAACUACACUGACAAGCAGGUUUCAAUGUUUGUACUGCAUGGAGUGAAAUGCUCAAGCAUCACCAGCAUAACAGAAGCCCAAUUGAAUUAUCCUUCCUUUUCUGUACAACUAGGGACUAGUUCUCAGACGUACACAAGAACAGUAACAAAUGUUGGCCCUGCCAAUUCUUCGUACGUUACUGAGAUUUUUGAACCAAAAGGUGUAAAAGUAAGUGUCAUACCUAAUGAGAUAUCUUUCACCGAAGUGAACCAGAAGGUUUUGUACGCAGUGACAUUUAGGAGAGAUGGGAACACUGGACAGUCGUUGGCGCAAGGAUAUCUGAAAUGGGUUUCUUGUACUAACAGUGUUCGAAGCCCCAUUUCCAUUGUAUUUUCUAAUCAGUGA